CCUCUCCACUCAUCAUGGAUGUGCUUACUGUGGCCGCUCUCCUCAGCCUCCUCUCUGUGAGCGCAGCUAAACCCCUGGGGUGUGAAGAUCUCAUUCAACCCUUGCCCGUGAACAAAACUCAGGUAUCAGGGAAAUGGAUCGUCAUUGAAGGAACAGCAGAUCACCAGAAAUUCAUUGACAUACUGAAAACAGUGGACAGCUCCUUGAUAGAUACUGUGCUGUCAUCAGAUGAAAGCACUGCUGUCAUAAAAGAAAGAAACAUGAUGAAUGGAAAGUGUCAUUAUGGUGUUCGGAAUGUGACUUUUUCAAACAACACCGGUCAUAUGAUACAUGAAAGUGGUCUUCGGACUUGCUCUGUGGUCCUGCACGCCAGUCCUGACUGUCUCGUCGUGAGCUUGGCCAGUGUGGUUUGCGAGGAAAUCAUCAAGUCACUCUAUAUCUUUGGGAGAACAAAGCAGUUAAGUCAGGCUGAUUUGGAUAUAUAUCACAAACAAGUGGAGUGCCUGGGGUUUCCACAGCCAAUGUUCAAAUAUGAUCAAAAGCAAGGCACCGCUCUUGGGACAGGAGACCAAGUACAUGGAGAUGGUAUCACGGACUCAGAACAGGGGAUCCAGAUGUGAGACCAAGACAGGAAUUUCUUCUGAAUAAAAGGUCGGUCAGUUCGGUUCAAAAUCAGAUAAGCACGAUAAAUGGAGGUCGAAACAGGUCGAA